GUCCAAACCACCAUUGUAGCACUCCAUCACACUCAACACCUGCCACUGCGAGAGUGAGCGAGGAGCAGACCAACGUACGACGACGGCCAUGGCGAUGAGGAAGGAGGUCCUGCUGGUGGCCAUGAUGCUGGCGCUGGUUGUGGCGGCGCCAGGCGGGGCGCUCGCGGCGUGCGAGGUGGGGCAGCUGACGGUGUGCAUGCCCGCGAUCACCACCGGCGCGAAGCCGAGCGACGCGUGCUGUGGCAACCUGCGCGUGCAGCAGGCGUGCUUCUGCCAGUACGCCAAGGACCCCUCCCUCGCUCGCUACAUCACCAGCCCCCACGCCCGCGAGACCCUCGUCUCGUGCGGCCUCGCCGUCCCGCACUGCUAGGCUAGGCGCCAGCUCGCCUAGGGCGUAUGGCUCAGCUAUAGGUAGGCUACCUCCCUCCAUGAGAGAUGAUGAGAGACUAUAGCUUAGCCUAGCUGAGACCUGAGAGAGUGCAUGCUGCGUCCAUGCACUCACGCAUGAUUCUGGAAUAAAAUGUUGGGUGAUGAUCGGUGCUGGAAUAAAAUGAGUUUUCCUACCUU